AGUGUAAACUAUAUUUAAAAAUGUAUUUUCUUCCCUUUUUUCUUUAUUUUUUUCCAAAUACAGUCAAAGUCUAACAAGUCACUUGGAAACUGACAAAGUAUUAGAAAGGAAUAAUUAUUAGACCAAGUUAAAUAAUAAAGAACUAUUCUGAACUGUAUUUUUUGUUGGUUUAAAUUAAUCAGAUGUAAAUAGAGAUGAGCGGUCUCUCUAGAUCACAUAAUAUCACUCAUUGUUAUGUGAUGGCAUUCUUAAUAAAAUUAUUUUACAAGCUGAAAACCUUGAGGUAUUUAUAUACCUCAUAUGACAUUGAAAAAUCGAAUGUCAAAAGUGAAAGUCAAAGGCUUCCUCUAAGACUUGUGUCAGCCCUUUCUGUUUUUCUUGUGUGUAUCUGUACAUUGUAAGUGGAGAGCAUACCAUACUGUGUGGUACUAUUGUCUUAUUUGUACUGACUUGCACGAGAUUUAACCUGCAAAACAAAAUUAUCCAGGAUCUCAUGCAGCAAACAGAAAGAAGCAAAAAAUUUUCCAAGGUUUGCAAUAUAUCUAACUAGUGAAGAUACCUCUCCAGUUAUAGGGGCUGACAGCAUAAGAUGCAGGAAGAGCUCGAAGUAAUACAUUUUAAAUCCUUGGAGACAAUAUCAGGAAUAUUUUUUAAAAAGAGGUUUAAGAUUAGAAAAAUAAGGGAUCAUAAAAUAUACAAGUUAGAAUCUUACAUGAAAUGUCACAUAAUGAUUGUGUGCUUCUUGUGGAUUCUUCUUCACAAAGUGGUUUUAAUUACAUGCAAGGGUAACCUUCAGCAUUCCUAUAACUGGAUAUUACAAACUGCUGAGCUUCAGUAUUAUAUGCAGGUCAGUGGUUUUGUGUUUUCAUCUAUUCUUCAUAGAAAAAAAUUCAGAGCUGCUAAGGUCUGAGUUUAAAAUUAGGUCCAUGUAUAACAGCCUUGCUAGAGACAUAUGUAUUAGAAUCUUGCAGGAUUCAAUUUCAGGAAAUAUAAUGUUUAUUUCUAAAGAUCUCUCCAAAUUGAUUUGGCAAUCAAUACCAUGCUUUGGAUUGAUUGUCAUUAAGAAUUUAGCUAGAUCAGUGUCUGAUCUUUAGAAAAGUGUUCAUUAGAGUUGCCAGAGUAAAACUUUGACAAAUACACACACAGUUGUUCUUAGACAAGUACAAAAAUGUACUUGACUAUACUUGGUUCUUUAGAAAUUGACUCCACCUGAAUAGCAAUAUAUGCAAAAACAUUAAAUGGAGGCCAGGAAACAGAGUGUGCUUCACAUAUUGAAUGGUUCUAUGGGAUUCAAUAAGUAUGCAUAUAAUAGUUUUCACAUUUUUGUCUAGCUUUCAUAGUAAAAUUUAAUUGGUUAUUUACUUGUUGCCUCAGGAUACAAUGGAAUUAUAGAUUAUCUGCAGAAAGGGAAGGAGUAUUUGAUAAAUACAAUCUCACACCUUCAAGAGGCAGAAAAUAAAUUUAUGCUGCAAGCUGCAGACAAGAUUCUCAGAACCAGACUGCUGAAAAUGCUUCUAGAGAAACAGAUAUAUGUUGUUCAGAAGGAGAAGUAACAGACUCUGUGCAAGCAUCUUCCAGUCCCAGUCAGCAAUUCCAAAGAACUCCUUCCCUGAAAAAGACAGAAAAUCAGAAUGUUAAUCAAAACCACACAGGUGAAAUUAAAACUGUAGGAAAAAUUGUGUCCUUAGCAGAAAGUAAAUUUCCUUACGAACAGGACACUGGCAGAAAAUCCCCAAUGAAAAAGGAAGAAGAUGAACACCACCUAUCAGUGAUCUCUUUUACAGAGAAAAAAGAGUACAAUGGGAAGGAGAAAUUUCAUAGAGGAAGCUUUGUUACUGAAAAGCUUCCAGAACUGUCUUUUCAGGAUGCUCUUACAAGCAGUGAGGAAGACAUUUUGUCUGGGACAUUGACAGGCAUUUGUGACUGAAACAUCACAAACAGUUUUGAACAGGAGAAAAAGGAAGUAGUCAGGAACAACUUAAAAGGGCUGGAAAGUGAUGAGCACAGAAUGACAGAGAAAAUGGAAGUCAGUAAAAUGGAAAAAAAUAAUGAAAUUUUUAGAAAUUACCUAAGUACCUUCACAUCUUCAGCACAAACCUAUGAUCUUACUAGUGUGAAUCUUUCUGUGAGUGAUUCAGAAGAAGUACAAAAAUCUAGAUACUCUAUUAACAAAGAAUAAGCAUAUAUUCUCCCUUUUUUUAGGAAUAGUUAAUAACAUAAUUAUUGCUUAUUAACUUAUGAACAUGUGUGGGUGCAGAAACUCAAUAUACAUCCAGUGAACAUCUGCUGGUCAUGCGCAUAACAGCAGUUUACAAUUUGAACAUGCACAAUGAAGAUACUUCCCUUUGAUCUAAAGUAGACUUUUAAGUUUCUAUUUGCAUAUUUUUUUUUUUAUCACAGAGAGGAACUGGGUAUCAGCCAAUAAAGUCAAUGAUCUUCAAAUUGUUUGAAAUCAGUAGGAAAGGACUACAAUCAGUUAUACAGUAAUUUUAAUGUUCUGGAACAAGCUAAACAUAAAAAUUUUAAUUAUUUUCUCAUUUAUAUAUAAAAAUAUUUUUCUGAAUUAUCUUCUUAUGCUUCAUUAUAGCACAUCAUUGAAGUAUUUAAUUAAAAAUACAAUACACUACCCCACUCAAAAUGCAAUUUUAUUUUUUUUUAAUAGAUCUCUAGUCAAAUGGAGUGGUAAAAAUAAACAGGAAGUAGAGGAAAUAGCUUGUUUUAUUAAAGCCCCUGCAACUGUUCUGGAGAAUCUGAAAUGUAACAUACUCAAUGACACUAGUUCCUUGGUGGUGGAUGAUUCUGAGGAGCUGGUCAGCAAUGUCAUCAGUAUCGAAUGUUAUGAUUAUGAAAAACUACUUUUCCCUAUCAACAUUGCAAUCCCAUUUACUUCAUGCUUCAGAGGAAAUUAUCGGGAGAUUAUGGUGAAGGUGACUGAUAUGAACUUUCAGGCAAACUACUUAACUCCUGUUUCUUUGCAAGAAUAUCAAGGAAACCAUAAGAAGGAAACAUUUACUGUUCCAAAGACAGGACUCUUACAAAAGCUAAACGUGGAUUCUAGAAUCUCUUUCUGUUACUAUCCAGAAACAUUCAGUUCUCCAGCACCUGUGCAGUUAAAGAUUCAGCCAAUUGAGUCAUCAUUGGUUUCAGCAUUGAAAGCAAGACAUGAUAGGUUUCACUCAGUGAUAUCUACUAGCACACUGGUUCAUGUCCAGCAUCCUUCAGCCCAACCUUUUAACAGUUCAGUCACUAUUACUCCACCAUGUCCUCCAAACCCAGACAAGAAGAGGCAAGGAGAUGAGACAGGCCAUACAAGAGCCAUUAGUGCUACAGUAAAGAGGGUUUCUGCAGCAGUUUCUCCUCAGGCUGUGAGCGCUUCUGUGAGAAAAAGUGGGGACAGUCUCAGUGAUACUUUGAAAUAAUUAGGUUAUGGAAACAAAGAAGAGGGGUGGAAGGUGUUUGAUGAUGUUAUUAUCCAGAAUGCACAGAAUGGGCUUGUAUCUUUUGAAUUCAACGAGCAUUUAGAAAGCUUUGUGGUAAUUCACCUGUCAUUCCCUUUGGAAAACAUGUAUCUUCUCCUCUUUGCUCAGGCUCUGGAAGAAGCUCUCGGAAGCACCAUGGCUAACGUGAUAUUGUAUCAGAAAAGAGAAGAUCCAUAUAAAAUAGUAGUUUUGCUAUCUGCAUCCAAAGAAUUGACCAAUGAACUUCAAAAUCUCUAUGAGGAGGGUUAUUUUGGUCCCCCAGAACCUACACAGCAGUUCCCAUUAAGACAAGGAGAGCAAAUUCAUUUUAGAUUUAGAGGAAACAUUUCUGCUUCAGGAAAGAAUGGAGAAGACUUCAGCAAAUUCUACAGACUGAUUUUUCAUUCACAAAGACAACCAAGGCUCCAAAUUAAAGAAGUGGAUGAAUUUGGUAACCACAGUUCACCUCAUUACACAGGAACAGCAGUGUUUUGUAAAAUUACCAGAGAGAUGAUACCAAAGAAAUGGGAACAAACCUUACCAUAUGAUGAAUAUCAACACCAGUCUCCACUGUGCAAAUUAGCAUUAACAUUGCCCAGGGUGCGUUUCUCACUUGAUAACAUUAGAGACCUUUCCCUUUGUGCCUUACCAUAUAUUUAUUAGAAAAAGGAUCUUGGUAUGACUUUUGAUUUACAAAUACACACGAGACUUCUGGUGCAUCAUCGAUGUACAAACAUUCUCAGAAUUUCUCUUAGCUGUAGGGAGGGAUCCAUAUCCAAGUAAGUAUGGAAGAAUUUCUGGCAGAAAAUUUUCACCUAUCUACUCUCCCCAGCUGUUACAGCACUGUGAAAUUAUUAGUGAAGUUUCACUUCUAUCAUUCUUGUUUCACUGUCUUGGGAGCACAGAAUUGCAAAUUGUAGGAUCGUUAAAUGGUUUGUGUAACCUGUCUUCCACCGAUCACCUGAUUAUUCUAUUAUUCCUGAUUAGCCUCUUCAGUACAGUCAUAUGGGCAAUUAUCUCCAUCUCUGGUGAAAGCUAAUGCUAUAUAAAUUAAUCUUUAAUAUUUCUGCAAUUAAAUCUCAUUGUAAACUUUUCAAAGAGCCUAUAUACCAGCAUACUAUACUGCACAAAAUGCUACCACUAAGCUAUUACUAUCAAAGUUGCAUAUAUUUUAAUAUCAAAAUAUCUACAGAAACACUUAGUCUAAAUCUCUGGUGACAAACAGUAGCAUGUCUCUGUUUUUGAACUGAUUUUUAAUUUUCUUUACACUUUUCUCAACAAAAUUAUCUUUUUUCCAGAUGAUAGUUAAAAGAAUCUGGAAUGUCUGAUUUUGGUUAUGACAAAGACAGAUGGAAUAUUUUUAAGGCACCCAUUCUGAAUACUACAUUUUCACUCAUUUCUGUAAAAUUCCCACCUAAAUUUCUUUUGUAGAGAUGGCAGCAACUAUACAAUCAUAAGUCAUUUUUUAUAUGUAUAUGCCCUCAUUAUCCACUCACAAAUAUAUCGCUGGCAGUGAUCAAAAGAGUCUUUGUUUACUUUGUAUGAAACAAUUCACAUCAGUUUUUUACUUUAAACAUGUAUUUUUACAGAAGUAAUCUGAUCUUCACUAAUGAUUCCUAUUUAUGGUGCUUUCAUUUCCUCAGCAACGGAAAACACUUGUUCCUCUAACCUAUUACAUUGAACACAAGUCAGAUACAGUGCAUUAGGUCUGAUGUCAAGGAUGUGUGUGCAAAUCUACUGAUUUUAAAGAUUUUGUAUUUAUGUGACACAAUGGGCUAAGGAGGUAAAAGAGGAAUUUCUCCUUUUCUUUCUGUCCUGUUUGAUGUGCUACUGGAGUCUGGUCAUGUCUGAGAGGUCCAUUUGACAGAGCACCUCAAUGUUACUGGCAGGGAACACUUUGCAAAAAUAGAUUGCUCUAAUACGCACAGACAUUAUAAAAUUACCAUUCUGCUGAAGUUUUAUGUCUAAUGACUGUCUAACAGCAGAAUAGCACACUCUUCCCUGCUUCAGAAAGGCAGUUGCUUGGCUAAUUGAAGGGCCUUCCAGACUAGAAAACUGCUUUGGCUGCUAAGAGUAUUUUACUUAAGCUGUCAACCAGAACAGCAGGACCACAUGCUGGUGCAGCUGAACCGUGGCUGAAUUCAGCACUUCACCACAGACACUUAAUCUUUAAAGGCAAUUUACUGUUUUAGAUCUAAUGCAUUGUAUGUUAUUACACUAUUUCUAGACAAUACUAAUUUUCAAUUCUUAUAAUUUUUACUACUAUUUUAACACUAAGUAGCAUAAAGUGGUUCCGAUUAAAGUCAGUGCAUGGGUAAUUGAGUUCAUCUACAAUAACUUUGAAAAUCUAAUACAGACCUUUGAGGUGGUAAAUUCUCAUCAAUGAAUGAAAAUAAAUUUAAAUACAAUUGUGUAAUUAAACAAAACCAGGGAAAACUGUCUUGGAAGAAAAGCAAUGCCCCCUUCUGGAAGAGCUUUAAAAACCCUUUAUUCUGAGAAGUUUUUAGCCAUGUCAUUCUAUCUUCACAUUGGGGCACAUCCAAUGACAGAACUGCUGUAGAAGCAUGCAAAACGAGACAGAUUCAGAUCAUAGAAUCCUAGAAUAAUUGGGGUUGGAAGGGUUCUUUAAAGGUCACCUAGUCCAACCCCCAAAAGCAGUACAGCACAGGAUGGUUUUGCACCACUAUGCAGUGUGUAAUUUGUGCAUUCUGUGGACAGCAAAAUCACCUCCCAGGAUGACUGCAUAUAGACCUCAUGAAAAGUUGUUUAAUUCACAAUAGGUAAUGGUUUUGAAUAUAUUGACCUUAUGGCUGUGCACCUAGUACAUUUGAGACACUCCAAAUAUUGAACAAUAUUUAAAGUCUGUAUUAUAGAAGUGAUUAAGAUAAGCUCCAUAAUGCUCAGUAUAUCAGAAAGAAAAUAAUAACUUUUCCAGUGAGAGUUUCAUGCUCUUAAUUCCCCAAGCAAAAACAGAAGAUCAGUGAAUAAUCCUCAGGCAAAUCUCCAUGGGAGAGCCGUGAAUAAACAGCCAGGUAAUACAACUGAAUGUGUGUGACAAAAGUAACAUGGAAUCUGACAGAAGAUAAUUUUACUUUCAAAAUAAAAAAAUAAAAAAAAAUCUCAAUUUCACUUCAUACAAACUAAUCUCUUUUUGUGCUCAAUACUUACAUAAGUAAUUUCUUCUUCUAUGUGCAGUAGGAAACAACACUAAAGCCCAGUAGACUUCAGUCUUUCUCAGCCCUAGAUAAAACAGGACAAAGUAUUUUUUCUUCCUCUCCAAUGUUCAGAGGAAGAAAGAGGGAAAACUUUUUACCUUCUAAAGGAAUUUAUCUUUUGAAUUUUAAUGAUUUUUCAUGGUGUUUUAUUAAAAGCUGAACUAUGUAAAGUGAAUAACUGUAGCUGCAAAUACAGUGUAGUUACCUGACCUAACAAUAGCUACUACAUACCUAAAAAUUGUUCUUUCCCUUGAAAAGAAGGCAAAGUUAAUGCAGUACUCAAAAUUAGAAUUUGUAGCAUUUACGGAAGUACUAUACAGAUUUUCUAUACAUCACUUAGGCAUAAUGCUAUCAAUCAAACAUUUGUAAAAUAGCAUGAAGGACGAACUUUUUAUGAGAUAAUAAAUAUCUAUUUGAUAGACGAAAAAUGUAUUAAUUUCUUUAUUUUAAUAUCUAUAUACUCUUUUAUACUUGCUGAUGGUGUUAAUUGGUUCUUCAUAAUGACAAAAAUAUUCUUUGUAAGUAGAACAAAUUUUUAAUGCUGAGUUAAAUCCCCAAGAUUUUACUGCAAUCCACUCCCAAGUCAUACACCUCAUCUCUUACUCAUAAUCAUUUCUCUUUCCUCAACACAUUUUCUUUAAUAGCAUGAAAAACUGAUCCACCAUCCACAAAGUAUAAAAAUAUUUUUUUCUGAUUCAUCAGGAAAGAAAACAACCAUUAAAUUAAUAUCAAUAUAAAAGAGCUAUACUUGCUAUUUUUUUUAAUUCCAAGAUUUGUUUCACCUCUUACUGACACUUGAAAACAUCAUAUCAGGAAGGAAAUAGUUAACACAUUAAGAUAUAGUCAAAGGAAAAAAGAUCUGUUUACCAGGAAAUGCAAAAGUUCUUGUAAGAUAUUGUUGUAGUGGAAUGCUUGAACAGCAUAUAAUUUUAUGUAUAAGAAAAUUCAGUUUUACUGGAAAGCUCCAGCAUAAUUGAUGGAUCAGUUGCAAUAAAUACUGAAACCCUUUUUAUUAAUUGCUAACUUUCCCCAUUCAGUUCCCAAAAUUAUAGAUCAUUGCUGAAUCUGUUCUUGACCAAAUUCACUUUGUACCGCAGAGCAGUUACCAAAAUGGCAUUGGAAAGGAGAUGGGAUGAUGUUUUCACCAAAGUAUAAAACACACCCUAUUUAGUAGGGGUUUUUACCUACUGAGCUUCCAGCUGUAAAAAGCUUUUCAAAAAAAGGAAGAUUUAUUCUUACUUCACUAAUUUUUGCUCUUCAGAGGCCCUAUGGGACAACUUGCUGUUUUGGCUUGCAGAAGAGCUUGCAGAAGAUAAUACAUCAUUGUUUGCUUUAUGUUUACCUGUUCAACGGAGCGUAGUUCAGCUUGUUAGGCUGAAGUGCCCUGAUAAUUUCACACACCAGAUCUAUGAGCUGCUUUGCUGCUGGAAAAAGACCCUUCCAAAGUCAGCUGAUAAAGCAGCUCCUGUCUUGCUAUUUGCAGAAGAGUGGCAGAAGCGAUCUUUCAGAAAAGCUUCAUUUAAAGUAGCAAAAUAAGGUGUUCACUUGACAGAACCACUGGCAACUCACAGCCCCAAGUUCUCUUCUUCCUUGUUGAAGUGUAUGAAUAUUUCCAUGAUACUUCUGGAAAGAACAAGUGACAGAGAUAUCAGUCAACAUAAGACUAUUUGUUUAUUUUCAACCUCUUUACUAAAGCCAGGUACAAUAGCCAUGUCCUCGCUUGAUAAAGGUGAACAUCUCCUAUACAGAAAAGUAAGAUAGAUUUCUGAGGACUUAAACUGUUUGCACAUGCCAUAUUCAGUCAACACAAUAUUUCUACAUAUCUUAAACAUUAGAAAUUAUUCAUUACAUCAAAAUCAUAUGAAUCAUUGUAAAAUAUAUGGAUUACUUUAUGUCCAGUAUUAAUAAUUAUGAAAUUCUUCACACUAAAGCCUAAUGUACAGACAGAGGUAACUUCUUAUUUUCAGAUUUGUUAGCUAUUAAUUCUGCUUUUAUAUUCUCCAAUAAUAUUUUUCAUUCUUGUGAAUAUCAUACAAGAUUUCAGUGUUAGCUCCUGUGAAUAUGUAAUCUCUUUCUGGAAUUUAUGAGAUUUGUUGCCUCAACAAAAUCUGUCAAUCUAUCAUUGUAAUGGAGUCUUUUAGGUUA